GCCGUUUUGUGAGCUAUAGAGAGAUCUCUGGAAUAGAAUCAUCGUCGUCUUCUUCACUUUCACUACGCUACCCACAUUUUCUCAAUCAUGGCGGUGGAGCUCUGUGUCAAGGCUGCUACUGGCGCCCCUGAUGAUCUUGGAGACUGCCCAUUUAGCCAGCGGGUAACACUGACCCUGGAGGAAAAGAAUAUCCCUUACAAGAUUCAUCUUAUCAACACUAGCGACAAGCCUGAAUGGUUCCUGAAGGCAAAUCCUGAGGGGAAGGUUCCGGUGAUCAAAUUCGAGGACAAAUGGAUUUCUGAUUCUGAUGUGAUUGUUGGGAUCAUUGAAGAGAAAUACCCAAACCCUUCUCUCUCAGCUCCCCCUGAAGUUGCCUCUGUUGGCUCUAAGAUAUUUCCCUCUUUCGUUAAGUUUCUGACAAGCAAGGACCCCAGUGAUGGUACCGAGCAAGCUCUGGUUGAGGAACUCAAGGCAUUGGAUGAACAUCUCAAGGCUCAUGGACCAUUUGUCAAUGGGGAGAAUAUCUGUUCUGUUGAUCUGAGUUUGGCACCGAAGCUGUAUCACCUUGUGGUGGUACUUGGUCAUUACAAGAAAUGGAGUGUCCCGGAGAACUUGACUCACGUGCAUAAUUACUUGAAGUUGCUCUUUGCUCGGGAGUCUUUCCAGAAGACGAAGCCUCCAAAAGAAGAGUAUGUCAUUGCAGGGUGGGCUUCAAAGGUUAAUGCAUGAAUCAAUCCCAAAUUGUAGAGCUGAAGAUGCAUUAUUUUCAUGUUUAAUGAACUCUAGACAAGACUGUAAGCUCCUUGUUAGAUAAAAUAGUUAUGCAGGAUGAUAUAUGGACCAAUGGUCUUAUUAUAUGGCAUACUUAAUAAAAUGGCUAUUGGUAUGGUGUUUAUUUUU